AUGACGGUACCAAACGUGAUUCUUGGAACCAACGCCGUCGGUGGGAGGCUAUCGGACUCUGAUCUGAAAAAGACAAUCGAUGCAUUCAUAGCUGCUGGUUACAACGAGCUCGAUUCCGCUAGGAUCUAUGCAGGAGGAAAGUCUGAAGAAACUCUUGGACGAAUGGGAUACUCCAAAUCCUUGAAAGUGGCUACAAAGCUCUUCCCCGCGAAAGCUGGAUCAUUCUCAGCAGACGGUGUUCGGAAACAAGCAACUCGAUGCUUGACUGCGUUGAACGUAACGACGAUUGACUUGUUGUAUCUGCAUUUCCCGGAUCGUCCUACACCGCUAGAAGAAACUUGUAAGGCUAUCAAUGAGCUUUACAAAGAAGGCAAAAUCAAAGCUUUUGGUCUCUCAAAUUAUAGUGCAUUUGAAGUUCAAAAGAUAUACGACAUUUGCAACUAUAAUGGCUACUUGAAACCGACAGUAUACCAAGGAAUCUACAACCCACUAUCAAGAGACGUGGAAGCAGAACUAUUCCCAGCCUUAAAACAAAUGAACAUCGCAUUCUACGCGUACUCACCACUUGCCGGUGGCCUCCUUACGAAUCGAUACUCUUCAAUCACUCAGAACUUGGAGGCUGGAACUCGUUUCUCGGCUGGUCGAUACCGUGACAUGUUCUGGAAGGAAUCCUAUUUGGAAGCAGUCGGGAAUGUCAAAAAUGUAUGCUCAAAGCACAAUAUUGAUAUUAUGGAUGCCUCAAUGCGAUGGAUGAAGUUCCAUUCGGGUCUUGAUGGAUCAAAAGGAGACGGUUACAUCUUGGGCGGAUCCUCAUUUGCUCAAAUGGAUUUAAACAUCAAGGCCACUCAAAGCGAAAGCAAGCUACCCGAAGAGAUCCUGUUAGCUUUCGACGAAGCCUAUUACAAGACCAAAGCAACCGCCGAGCCAUAUUUCGCAAAGUUCUAA